ACUCUCCCUUUGAAGAAAACAUUUUGCAGCACCCACAAACUACUUCCAGUGACUAUGGACUCGACUGUUUCUCCCGGUUUCAAUAUCCCGUUAAAACGAGAAAGGAGAAGUGUCUAGAAGUGUCUAGAACUUAAAACCCUCCCCUGAACACCGGAGGCACCACAACACCAGCGCAGCGGAAAUUCACAAGGUGUUUUUUUGGGGGGAAGAGUUGAAGGGACGCAGAAACGCUCACCAGUGAAAGAUGAAGAUGCUGUGGUAUCUGGCUGCUCUGCAGCUGUUCUUGGCUCCAGCUCUCCUGCUGCCCAAUGGGGACUACUGGGAGGAAUGGAGUCCCUAUGGAGAAUGUAGUCGGAGCUGUGGGAGUGGGGUUACCCUAAGGACCAGGAGAUGUGUCAGCCAGAGGACUGACGGAGGGAAUAACUGUGUGGGACCAGACAAGUCCUACAGCUCCUGUAAUAUCCAGGACUGCCCAGAGGGAUCUAGAGACUUCAGAGAAGAGCAGUGUUCUCAGUUUGAUGGAUCUGACUUCCAGGGAAAACGAUACAAAUGGCUCCCAUACUAUGGAGCUGACAACCUGUGUGAGCUGAACUGUAUGCCCAGAGGAGAGAACUUCUUCUACCGUCACAGGACAGCUGUGGCCGACGGCACGUCCUGUCACCCCGGGAGGAAGGAUGUCUGUGUUGAUGGAGUCUGUAAGCGUCUGGGCUGUGACAACAUGCUGGAAUCCCUCCAGCAGGAUGACCCCUGUCUGCAGUGUGGGGGCAACGGACAGUCCUGCUACCCCGUCAGGAGCACCUUCAGCAUGAACAACCUGCCCAAAGGCUAUAACCAGAUGUUUAUCAUCCCUGUGGGAGCCACCUCCAUCCACAUCAGAGAGACUGUUGCCACUCGUAAUUACCUGGCCGUUAAGAACCUUCGUGGUGAGUACUACCUGAACGGCCACUGGGUGAUUGAGUUCUCCAGGGCCACUCCGGUAGCUGGUACCAUGCUGUACUACCAGAGAGGGGCUGAGGGAGAGAUGACUCCUGAGACCAUCAUCGGCCGCGGACCCACCACCGAGCCGCUGGUCAUAGAGUUGAUCAUCCAGGAACACAACCAAGGAGUAGAGUAUGAGUACUACCUCCCUAACGGUCGCUCCAGAGAGGGAUACUACUGGAGCUUCGGCUCCUGGUCUGCCUGCAGCAGAGAGUGUGGCUCAGGCUACCAGUCCCGUCUGGUGUUCUGUGCCAUCGAUAACGAGGCCUACCCAGACUACCUGUGCACCGCCCUGCCACGCCCCCUCACCAACCGCACCUGCAACCCUCAGACGUGCCCUCAGACCCGUCGCUGGACAAAAGGUGAGUGGAACGCAUGCUCGGUGUCGUGCGGCGGUGGUUCCCAGGUGCGCAGCGUGCAGUGUGUCUCCCAUGAUGCAUCAGGGUCCCGCGUGGUGGAGGACGGCGUCUGUGCAGCCUACACUCUAGCCCCGCCCACCCUGCAAACCUGUAACAUGCAGCCGUGUGCCUCCUGGAGAGCCUCUGCCUGGAGCGCGUGUUCAGUAACAUGUGGAACAGGGGAUCAGUCCAGAGAGGUGAUGUGUGUAGGAGAAGCAUCAGUCCGGUUAGCAGACACCUCCUGCACCGCCUCACUCCGCCCUGUAGCCGCCCAGCCCUGCUCCAUGCCCGUGUGCAUUCUGCCUGUCAGCUGGCACGUUGGAGACUGGGGACUGUGCUCUAAGAGUUGUGAGUCAGGUCUGCGUGAGCGCCAGGUGAUGUGUUCUGACAGAGAGAGGAACCUGUACCCAGUGGAACACUGUAACUCGGUCCCCAAACCCCUCACAUUGGAGACCUGCAACACACAGCCCUGCUACCACCCACAAGUGACCCCCAGCAUGCAGGAUCCCAGAGGACAUGACAACACCCAGUUUGGUUUCACUCCCUACAUGCCAGACCACUUCACAGUCCACAGACCAGAAAGUGUUGACCCCCAGACCAGCACAGUGUACCACCCUCACGGCUCCGGGCCGGCCCAACACUGUAGCCAGUCCUACUACGGCUGCUGCCCAGACGGCACCACAGCAGCCGGGGGGACAAGGGGUCUAGGCUGCCCACAGGGGUCCCGCUGGGCUCCACGCCCUGAGCAGGCUUUCUGUACAACCACCAGGUAUGGAUGUUGCAGGGAUGGUGUGACUGUAUCACAGAGGCCCAACAGGGAAGACUGUCUGGAAUAUGUUCCUCAAGCUCCUCCUCCAGCUGAAAACAGUAUCCAGUGUCGUCUGACCACCUACGGGUGCUGUUUCGACCGUAUGUUCGUAGCCGCAGGUCCCAAUGGAGAGGGCUGCCCAAACCCACCAUACAACGUUCCCAGAACCACCUGUUCUCUGCCCAAGGCAGCAGGCUCCUGCAGUGGCUGGACGGGCCGUUACUUCUACGACGUCGCCGCCGCCGAGUGCUCCCACUUCUGGUACGGCGGCUGCCACGGCAACAACAACAACUUCCUGACGCAUGCCGAGUGCCAAAGGACGUGCCCCGGUGCCCAGCUCAACCAGAUGAGCCGACCCAGUAGCCAAUCAAUCCAGACGAUUCAGCUGAGUCGACCCAGCCAGCCGGGAACAGGUCAGGACGUGAGCAGGGUCUUGCCGGUGCAGAGUGGCAGCUCCAGGGGCUCAACCGAAGGGCGCCAGGGGACCAGCGCUGCAGACCACGCUCACCGGGCCAGAGUCCAUGUCCGCCGCCCCGCCCCUUACGGUGUCCUGCACACCCACCCUGCAGCGAGGUAAGAACCCGAGGACCGUCCGGGGGGCGUCUAGCCAUGCCCACCCUUGCUGCCUCCGCCCGCUGCCCCACCCGCGCGCUGCUCCGCCCACAGCCAGCCACCUGGCUAGGUGACGCUUUAACCCUGAGAAGGAAGCUGAGAUGAGCCAGUGUUAAGGAAGCUUAACAACAUACCACGGAUCAAAGACAGACUUACACACACACACACACACACACACACACACACACACACACACACACACACACACACACACACACACACACACACACACACACAUGUUUACAGGACAUAUACAGUGAUUUCCAAAAGUAUUGGGACAGUGACACAUUUGCUGUUGUUUUGGCUCUGUAUUCCAGCACUUUGGAUUUGAAACGAUACAAUGACUAUGAGCCACAAAUAUCAUAAUCCCUCCCUUGUAAUGGUGAGAGGUUAGCAUGUCGUGGGGGUAUGAUAUGAAAUGCUAAUCUCCCCUGUUAUUGUAAUGGUGAGAGGUUAGCAUGUCUUGGAGGUAUGAUAUAAAAUGCUAACCUCCCCUGUUAUUGUAAUGGUGAGAGGUUAGCAUGUCGUGGGGGUAUGAUAUGAAAUGCUAACCUCCCCUGUUAUUGUAAUGGUGAGAGAUUAGCAUGUCUUGGGGGUAUGAUAUGAAAUGCUAACCUCCCCUGUUAUUGUAAUGGUGAGAGAUUAGCAUGUCUUGGGGGUAUGAUAUAAAAUGCUAACCUCCCCUGUUAUUGUAAUGGUGAGAGAUUAGCAUGUCUUGGGGGUAUGAUAUAAAAUGCUAACCUCCCCUGUUAUUGUAAUGGUGAGAGAUUAGCAUGUCUUGGGGGUAUGAUAUAAAAUGCUAACCUCCCCUGUUAUUGUAAUGGUGAGAGAUUAGCAUGUCUUGGGGGUAUGAUAUGAAAUGCUAACCUCCCAUGUUAUUGUAAUGGUGAGAGAUUAGCAUGUCUUGGGGGUAUGAUAUAAAAUGCUAACCUCCCCUGUUAUUGUAAUGGUGAGAGAUUAGCAUGUCUUGGGGGUAUGAUAUGAAAUGCUAACCUCCCCUGUUAUUGUAAUGGUGAGAGGUUAGCAUGUUGUGGGGGUAUGAUAUGAAAUGCUAACCUCCCCUGUUAUUGUAAUGGUGAGAGGUUAGCAUGUUGUGGGGGUAUGAUAUGAAAUGCUAACCUCCCCUGUUAUUGUAAUGGUGAGAGGUUAGCAUGUCUUGGUGGUAUGAUAUGAAAUGCUAACCUCCCCUGUUAUUAUAAUGGUGAGAGGUUAGCAUGUCUUGGGGGUAUAAUAUAAAAUGCUAACCUCCCCUGUUAUUGUAAUGGUGAGAGGUUAGCAUGUCGUGGGGGUAUGAUAUGAAAUGCUAACCUCCCCUGUUAUUGUAAUGGUGAGAGGUUAGCAUGUCUUGGGGCUAUGAUAUAAAAUGCUAACCUCCCCUGUUAUUGUAAUGGUGAGAGGUUAGCAUGUCUUGGGGCUAUGAUAUAAAAUGCUAACCUCCCCUGUUAUUGUAAUGGUGAGAGGUUUAGCAUGUCUUGGGGGUAUGAUAUGAAAUGCUAACCUUCCCUGUUAUUGUAAUGGUGAGAGGUUAGCAUGUCUUGGUUUUUGUGCGUCUAACUUUCUCACUCAUCAUUAUUCACGAUUCAUUGAUGAUUAUCCGUAACCAUGGUAGCAUCCACAUCAAUGUAGAAGUGUUCAGAAACAUAUUAUAUUCUUAUUUACAAUAAAAGUGACACCAAAAUUAACACAAUACAUUAUUUACCAUUCAUUUGUAUAAGGCACAAAAUAAUCUGUAACAAAACCAAAACAAACAGCAAAUACAUCCAAGUAGAGUCACAAGCUUAAUGUCAUCAUUGCGCACUAGGAAUAUGGGACAAAAUACUUAACUUUUUACUACUUUAAUACACACAUGUAACAUAUAGACAUUUCACAAACGCUCUGCACUUUUAACCUCAUAGUCAUUGUAUCGUUUCAAAUCCAAAGUGCUGGAGGACAGAGACAAAACUACAGCAAAUGUGUCACUGUCCCAAUACUUUUAGAGAUCACUUCACACACACACACACACACACACACACACACACACACACACACACACACACACACACACACACACACACACACACACACACAUAUACACACAUAUACACACACACACAUAUACACACACACACACACACACACACACACACACACACACACACACACGCAAAUACUGUAUAUACCAGCCUCAAAGUCCACUAUCGCCACACUGCUCUACCACAGGUACCUCUCUCACACAGCGACACACAUGCUCGACCUAUAGCUUUAUCGUGUUUCAUCUUGACUAAAAUCCCAGAUGCUGUUUACCUGACAGUGGCCACGUUGGACAGUGCUUAUCUAUAUCUCUGUUGUGCCAUAGAUGGAUGAUAAUUAUUGUCCAUGUUACCGUCAUCGCCGUGUCUGUGUGACUUUCUGGUGUCAUUCAAUAAAACUAAUAUGUCAUUCAA